GGAACCUUCAUUUACCCAACACAAAUGAAAACAUUCCACAACUAUAUUUCUCAUUUUCCACAUAAUUUCCAUUCACUUUCUCUCUCUAUAUCUAUCUCUCUCUGUAUCUAUAUCUCUAUCUCUCUCCGUCUCCGCCACCCCUCUCAUAUUCACCGCCGGCCGUUCUCCAAACCCUAAGCCCCCUUCAUAUUCAUCGCCGCCCCCUUAAAUCCUCCACCAAUCACCUUCUCCGACCAUAAAUUCUGUUACAGUUGUGUUCUUGAGGUUUUGAAUCAGAUUGUGGAUUGAAAUGGCUGAAAACCCUCCGUAUUUCGGUUCAAUUUUAGCUUCGAAUGUUGUUAAUGGUGGAAGUAGUUUGCCCUCUAGGUUUUACUCGAAUGAGAACAAGGGGAAACAGAGUUCAUGGAUCGAAGACGGGUCUUCGUUAUCUCUCGGGUUGGGUUGUUCGGUGAGCUCGGGUGUCACCGUGUUUUCGGGAAAGGAAGUUGAAGAGCAUUCUUCUGGGAAUCUUGAUCUUACUAUGAAUAUAUUCCAAACCGAAACCGAUGUGGACCUUGAGUUGAGUCUUGCACCAGGUUCUGUUGAAUCCGAUGUCACUCGAACAUCAUCGUUUCCAUUUAAUGUUAAACCGAGGGUUACUAGCAGCAUGAUGACAUCCGCCGGAUUUCAACUUGUGGAUGAAGGGUCCACGUCGUCUCGAUGGAAAUUACCUCUUUUGCCCCCGUUGCAGACCACAGAGGCGAUAACUACUCCUUUUCAUAACAUUGGUUCGAAUUUGGUAAACCAUGGUGGUUCGUCUUCGUUCAAUUCUGGCUUGGUGCAGCCACAACGACGGCGUAACAGCAACGUGAAAAACUGUCGGUUUAUCGGAUGCACCAGGGGAGCGAGAGGUGCUUCUGGGUUUUGUAUUGCACAUGGUGGCGGUAGGAGGUGUCAGAGAGAAGGGUGUCAAAAGGGAGCGGAAGGGAAGACCGUGUUUUGUAAAGCCCAUGGUGGUGGUCGGCGGUGUGAGUUUCUCGGCUGCACUAAAAGCGCCGAAGGACGGACCGAUUACUGCAUUGGUCAUGGCGGUGGUAGGCGGUGCAGCCAUACUGGGUGCACUCACGCCGCUAGGGGCAAGUCGGGGUUGUGUAUACGACAUGGUGGUGGGAAACGGUGCAAGAUGGAAGGUUGCACCAAGAGCGCCGAGGAUGCAUUGGGCCUUUGUAUCUCUCAUGGUGGCGGGAAGCGGUGCCACUUUCCCGCCUGUACGAAAGGCGCUCAAGGGAGCACGAUGUUUUGUAAGGCUCACGGUGGUGGUAAACGGUGCAUGUUUUUAGGGUGCACGAAAGGGGCGGAAGGUAGUACGAAUUUUUGUAAAGGCCAUGGUGGCGGUAAAAGGUGCACAUUUGAAGGCGGCUGUUCUAAAAGCGUCCAUGGUGGCACGCUUUUCUGUGUUAAUCACGGUGGUGGAAAGCGGUGCGCGAUGCCAGAAUGUACCAAAAGCGCCAGAGGCCGAACCAGUUUUUGCGUUCGUCACGGUGGUGGAAAAAGAUGUGCAUAUGAAGGGUGUGGGAAAAGCGCCCAAGGCCGAACCGAUUUCUGUAAAGCACACGGUGGCGGAAAACGAUGUUCAUGGGUUCAAUCCGACCCGUUGGCUGGUCAAACUUUGUCUCAUUGUGACAAGUUUGCUAGAGGGAAAAGUGGUCUUUGUGCUUCUCAUAGUCAACUGGUUCCAGAUAACCCGAUUCCUGGACUCACUCCGGACCACACUCAGUUAACAUCAAUAGGCUCAGUUGGUUUCGAAGGUAGACCAGUUGAGUUGGCGGGUGGUAGCGGCUACUCGCUUCCAGAAGGCAGAGUUCAUGGCGGCAGUUUGAUGGCGAUGCUUAGAGGGUACGGUAGCGGCACGUCAGAACCAGGGGAGACUCGGCCCAUUGCGGGUGGUCGAUGGGUGUAAGUAAAACAUCUCAUUGGAUUAUUCUGACUCUGACACAUUACGGGUAGUCGAUGGGUGUAAGUAAAACUUGUCCUUGGGGUAGAUAGUGUUGUGAAGUAAUGUUAGGGGGCGUUUGGUUUACGGAAUGUAUUUAGGGGCGUUUGGUUUAACUAAUAAUGUGAUUAAGUUAGUGUUGGAUAUAGGAAUGUUGAUAUGGUAUUUUUGUAAAUCCUGUAAGUAGUCAAGUCGGUUAUGUUAUUUCAAGUGUGUUCAUAUAUGUACAAACUUAAAAAUAAAAAUGAUUUUAUAUUAUUAUGCAUGUUAUGAUGA